AGGCCACGCCCCCAAUGGCUGUAGCUGCUGAGUCCUUUCUCUGCCUUGCUUUCAGUGCGGACUUUGGCAACUUUCCACAUCGGCCGACAGGAUUAUAUUAAAAUCAAUCAUCCUUCAUGCUCUCUAUUUAGAAUCCACGGGUGGGAAUGCCCGCCCCAUUUAGUCCCGCCCCUCUAAAAAAAAAGCAUUCGCCUUUUUUCCCAGUCUGGAUUUGGCUUCGUUUCUUGCCACGCCCCUUUAUCUAGUGUAGUCCCUUCCCCUUUCGCUGAUUGGCUAAUAUUGUGGGUAGAUGCCACGCGGGGGUGAUGUGGGGUUGUCCAAAGGGACCCGAAGAAAAAGCCCUUUGAUUUCUAUUGGGGCAAGGAGGGUUGAGCGCAUGCUCAGUGGCUGCGCUCCCUUCUCAGGUCUGCGGGAUGUCUCCGGUGCUUUCCAAGCCCGAAUCGGGGCCCCUGCCCCAGAAGUUGCUUGCGCGUUAUUUGCUCCUGCUGCGGCUCUACCCGGUGCUCACUAAAGCCGUGUCCAGUGCCCUUCUGUCAGCUCUCGGGAGCCUCCUGUCUCAGAUCAUUGAGAAAAGCCGGAAAAAGAAAGGCCCUUCAAAAAGUUUUGACUUGGGAGAGCCUUUGAGAUUUGCCACCUAUGGGUUCCUGUUCACAGGGCCACUGAGUCACUACUUCUACAUGUACUUGGACCAGUUCUUCCCUCCUGAUGUGCCUUUUUCUACGGUCAAGAGACUUUUGCUGGACCGGGUCAUUGUUGCCCCAGCCUUCCUUGUGCUCUUUUUCUAUGUCAUGAACCUACUGGAGGGGAAAGACACAACAGCCUUCAUGAAGAAGAUGAAUUCCAGUUAUUGGCCAGCCCUUAAAAUGAACUGGAAAAUGUGGACUCCAAUCCAGUUUAUUAAUGUUAAAUAUAUCCCUGUGCAGUUCCGAGUGCUGUUUGGAAACCUGGUGGCCCUCUUCUGGUUUGCCUACCUGGCCUCCGUCAAGAAGUGACUGUGCGGGAGCUGUGGAGUUGGGCUCAGCAGUUCCCUCUGUUGGAGAAACCGAACCUUUGCACUUGGUGGGAGACGAAAAGGCGGCUCUGCCUUGAGAGAACCGGUUGCUGCUGCUUUUAAGGAGUUCUGGAAUGAUUACCACUCCCUGUGAUCCAAGCUGCUGCCUUCUCCUUGCAAUUACUGGAGCCUGGUGAAAGGGCCAGCUCCCUUGGAGAGCUGUGAUUCUCACCAUUGUAUUUGUCCUAACCUAACUGAGCCUUUAUCGGGUUUCAUUUAUUUUAAUAUUGUUCCUAAUUUUCGCUGAGGCCAGCAACAGGCAAUAACUGAUUUUGUUUAAAAAAUGGUGCUUAAUAGGGUGGGUGAAUCUGUGCCCUGGGACUGGGGAAUCCCACCACAAGCCUUUUUUUUUUGGUCUCUGAAAACAAAAAGAAAUAAAAUUUUAAAAAAUA